UGAAACUCCAAAAGACUUUCGAACAAAGAAAAUGUUAGAUGACGGAAUCCUGCCCCUUUUCUUUGUUCUUGGGUAUAAUAUAAAUGAGAGAUCCGCAUUAAUGGCUCCUUUCAUCAUUCCUUUCUUUUUCAUUAAACGAAACGAGAAAAAAUCAAACCUGUUGUCUCAAGGAAUAUAUCAGUACUUUCUUCUGUGUCUUGAAAUCUUCUAUAGAAUUUGAAACAAAUGAAACAGGAUCAAAGAAUAAGACCGAAAUUCACUUGGAUUGGAUUUAUAGCUAGAAUCUAUAAUUAUAUUCCGAAUCCUAAUUUAACGUCGAACAUAAUUUUAGGGAUCGCCUGGCUUUUUCUCAUUUUCCUCUGUUGUGGCUGCCUUUCUAAACCAUCUACUUUCUCUAAGAUCUUACAAAUUAAAUCUCCCAAGUCCACAGUAGAUGUUGGAUUUUUUGGGGUUUGUAGUAAAGCCUCCAAUGCCACCGAAAACAUUUGUCAUGAGCUCCGUCAUUGGGACGCUUCAAGCGGUAUGGCCUACCAUGCGGCACGCUUUACAUGGCUUCAAGUACAUCCAGUGCUGUUAGGCAUUGUUGUUUUUAUAGGGACCAUUUCUAUCGUGCUUACUAUUUUCAAGUACGUCUUUCCAUCCAAUAUCCGACAAUGGUCCAUUAGCUGCCUUUUUACCAGCGCAGCUGCUUGUUUCAUGCUUGCUCUUCAAAUGGGUUUAGCAAAUAUAUCUGCAAACUCCUACAGCGUUGGGUUGAACUUAACACACCAAGCAGUAUCCAAAGUCGGCGUACCUAGUGCUGUAUUUGGUUGGAUAUCUAGCGGUUUCUUUUUUUUAUUCUCUGUUUUGCAUCUUGGUUUGUGGACAAUCGAAAGAAACAAGAUAAAAUUACUGGAGGAAACCGCGCAAACCUUUAACAUUUAAACGACUUUGUAUACUUAAAUCCUGAAACUUCUGAACUUAUUCUUAUAGACUUUUCAUGAUUUCUCAUGUUAUCUUUUCUUCUGUUGACUGACGAUUAUACUUUUGGAUAUGAUUCAAAUCUUUUAUGACUUGUUCUUUUUUAUUUUUUAUUUUUUAUUUUUUUACAAUUGGGUGUUUUUAAAGUUGCUAACAAACUAAGCUUAAUGAAAUAAUAGACCGGUAUUCAUUCUAUACUUAGGAUUUCCAAUUUCAUCCUUAUUGAAAAAUGGAGAACAAUUAAUUAC